AUGGAAAACGGGAUGGAUAUGGACGGCAAUAUGGGCGAAAAUAUGGACCAUACGGGGCACAAUAUGGAAGACCUUUCGCAUGGGACAGGGCAUUUUCUCGCUUUCAACAAGAUUCUUCCGAUUCAAGGCUUCAUCUUCAAAAAGUGGAACGUCGAAAAUACUGGAGAUGUUGCUUGGACAUGCGUCGUCAUUGGCAUUCUAGGGUUUCUGGUCGAAUUCAUCAAGUUCGGUAAAGCCAAAAUCGCGAGAAAGCAAAACAACUCGUUCGGCACCUCGAGCAAAUGGCUCUAUGCUCUUGGCUCCUCUCUCCUUCACUUUGUCCAAAUCACCUUUGGAUACAUUCUGAUGCUAGCUGUCAUGACUUUCCACCCUGGAAUCUUUUUCGCAGCUGUUGUUGGUCUGACUGUUGGAUACUUCGUCUUCCAAGCCGUUCUCCGAUCGAAUUCGGGAACAAGGGAUGAUGGCUGCUGCGAGUAG